UCCGUGCACCGCCCACUCUCGGUUGACACGCGUGGUGUGUAGAUCUUUUCGCAAGCAGCAUGGCGUCGAUGGCAAAGAAGCGAGCGGUGGGUCUGGGUGAGAAUCCCAAGGAGGGCGACAGCAGCUCCGACGAGAGCCGGGAUGAGGAGGGCGAUUCCGGGAAGGAGGACAGCGAAGCGUCGGACGAAGAAAUCAACGAGGAAAUCACUGUGGACUUCGAGGCUCACACGAUCGCAGCCAAUGACUUCAAUGGCGUCAAGAAGCUGCUGCAACAGCUCUUCCUGAAGGCCCAUGUAAACACCUCAGAGAUCACAGACCUCAUCAUUCAGCAGAAUCAUCUUGGAAGUGUCAUCAAGCAAGCGGAGGUACCAGAGGACAGUGAUGACGACGACCCAGACGAGGUGUUUGGGUUCAUCACAAUGAUCAACCUGACGGAGAGGAAGGAUGUGCAGUGUGUGGAGGAGGUGAAAGAUCUGCUCGUGGAUCAGUGUGAGAAGAGCGCCACCCCCAGCAUGACAGAGCAGCUGGAGCAGAUCCUCAGCGACAGCAGCAAGCCCGUGGGGCUCCUGCUGAGCGAGCGCUUCAUCAACGUCCCCCCACAGAUCGCCCUGCCUCUGCACAAACAGCUCCAGGAAGAGAUAGCUGAAGCUCAGAGGACGAACAAGCCCAGUGGGAAGUGUCACUAUUGUCUGAUGAUCAGCAAGACCUGCAAGGAGGCAACCAAGAGCAUCCCAGCCAGAGGAGGAGCACCCAAAGAGGAGUACUUAUUUGUCAACGCAGAGGAGGAAUUCUUCUAUGAGCAAGCCACCAUGAAGUUCCACUACUCGGUCCAGGACGAGACAGACUCCUGUUUGAGCGGCAGAUGGUCGUUUGAAGACGUCCCCAUGAAGCCCUUCAGGACGGUGAUGCUGAUCCCUGCAGACCGAUUCCCCAUCAUCAUGGACAAACUCAAGGAAUACUUAACUGUGUGAACCCCACAUUAAACCUAAGCCACCUAAGUACACACUGAGGACUUUCAGGGUCAUGGUUCACUUCUCUCUUUAGAGACGUUUGGUACCAUCAGCUACAGCAGUGUCGCUAUUGUAAAGAGUUUUUUUCUACAAAUUUCAGGUUCAUUUAAGAAACGAGGCUGAAAGAUAUAUGCUCAGCUUUUAGUGCAGAAAUAUACAACUGUUACAUUGUGAAUAGAAGUAGAACUGCACAGUCAUGUUUCUUACAGAUGACGAACCAUGUGUUUAUGAAAUUGGUAAUUUUGGACUCUAGUCUCAGUGGAUGGAGGAGGAAUGGUUUACUAAUUUGACAAGUUUCAGAUUUGUCUUUGAUGAAAACCUGGUAGAAAGCUUAUUUGUAACCAAUUUGAUCUGGUUCAAUUUGCUAUUAAAUCAUAUAUACUAUCA